AUGUGCUCCCUUGCAGACAGCUUGGACCGAAGCAGUUUGGAGAUGAGUGAAGAUGCGUUUGCUGAGAAUGCUGAGAAUCUCGAGACUCAGGACAGCCAAGAAGCGCCAGAGACCAUGGAUCAGAAAGCAGAAUGUUCCCCAGCGGAGGUGGCAAAUCUAGAUCCUGACAAGGAUCAGGCCAAGCACCCCACUGACGAGGAAGUUCCUGAUCCUGAGCCGCCCUUGAAGAAACAGAAAAUGGAUUCAGAAUCCCCGCAAGUAGAUGCAGAGCUUUCUUUGGUUCUGGAGUCAGAUGCUGGUAUGAUCUCUCCUAGUGAGGUUGGUUCACCUUCGGGCAUGCCGCCGCCUCCGCCCCCGAAAAGCAGAGGCAAGGGUAAGAAGGGCAAGGGUGGCAAGAUGCAUGACAAGAACCAUUCAGCUUCUGAUGCCCCUUUGUCACAAGCACUGGUUCUUGCGUCUGAACUUUCAGAUGAGAUUGCACCUUCCGUGACGUCGACAACAAGCAGGACCAAAGGUCAAGGAAAAGGCCAAAAGAAAGCCAGCAAAACCAACUCUAGAUACUGCAAAGGUGAUGGCUUCUACUACAGCCCUGAAGACAUGGCACCCAAGAGCGCAUUCUGCUUCAGAUGCAAGUACUGCAUGGAUGUGCUGACAAAGUUGGCAAAAUCUGAGAGACGUCCUGAAUGGAUUUCAGAGAUCAAGUCCAAUGAGAAAGUUCUUCAGAACAUCAUCCGCAAGUACAAAGAGCAGACAGGAGAUGGCAUUGCUCGGAAAAGGAAUUUCAAAGGUAAAUUGAUGUCCACUCUCCAGGAGACCGCUGCCAAGUCCAGAGUUCUCUAUAACACAGAGAUGGAAAUGAUGACAGAAGAUGCCUGGCAGCAGUUCGCUAUGACGGAGGCUGGCGGCAGAUUGUCCAAGGCAGCAGCGACUGCCCAAUGGGCAGAGUGGAAGUGCCAGGUGGAAUCUGAGGAUGCUCCCGAAGAUCUCAUUUUCGACUACAAGCGUGGACUCCGAAUCGCCGUUGCCACCAAAGACACGGUCCACUUCCAGUCUGAUUCUCGGCUUGAUGAGGAGAUUGAGAAGAGCAAGAAGCUGCAGGUGCGGGAGAAAGAUUGCAAACAGAUCACAGAAGAAGGUUUGGCAAAGAAGCGGAAGGAGCUCACCAUGGACCAUGACCGAAUGCUUGCUGGCGAUGACGGCCUUGCAGACAGCUCCUCUGCGUGUGUGGCUGGGAACCUGGUGCGAGGAUCUGCUUCUUGCUCUGAUUCGGUGGCAGCUGAUGGCUCCUCUGCAUUCCAGGGUCGCUUUCAAGAGGUGAAUUGGAAGGAGUUGGAAUGCUUGUCAAAUGUUGCAGAGAUCGCAACAGAUGGCAAUGAACCUGCUCCUAAAGUUUCUGAAGAAGCCCGGGCUGGAGAUGGUGACGAAGAGUUGGGAGAUGGAGCCAACAAGAGGGGAAAAGGCAAAGGCAAGGGAAAGAAGCAGGCAUGGGACAAGGAAAGGAUUGUGGCUGCGAAGAUCCGCAGCGAUCUUUCUGCCCUUGAGGAUUUGGAAAGAAGCAUCAACACCAAGAAGCAGGAUGCAGAGAAAGUGACCAAGGAACUUGAGGAGAAGAGUGCAGAAUGCAAAACUGAGGUGGCAGUCGAGCACAACCUUUUGGUACGUCGGCUUGCAUUUGUUGACUUGGUUUUGGGUGCGGAUAAAUUUGCUUUGUCUCACAAGAUUCGCAGCCUCAAGGAAGCGCAGUCGGCACAAGAGGAGACUGCAACGGUGCCGUCAAAGCCGGUGGCCGACAUGCCUCCUACUUCGAGCUAUGAAUCGUUACUGACCAUCGCGCGUGAACAAGCCAAAGCUAGAACCGCUGAGCGGAAGCCCUUGGUAGAGCUAGCGUCUGCAACCCGAGUCGCCACUGCUGAGUUGAAGAAGGCAAUCACUGCUUUUGGGGCUCGAUUGUCCAAGCGAGUUCCAUCAGCAGGUGCCGCAAAGUCCAAGAAGGAUAAGGACAAGGACAGUUUGCCUUUGAUCAUUGAGAUGGGCAUGGAGAAGGGAAGCCAGAUUUCCCACAUGACCAAGUCCAAGCUCAGUGAGAUUUUGUCCGACCCUGAGAAGGAAAAGAAGUUCAUCGCAAUGGGCAGUUGGAGCAUGCCUUUCUUGAUCAAGGCGGAGGAGGAUCAGCAGCAAGUCUUCCAUAGUGAGACCAUGAAAUCCGCCCUUCAGACCUUCAAGCACGCUAUUUUGCGCACAAAGUUCAGCAGGUUGGUGGACAGUGAUGAAUUGUACGUCGUGACUCAAGGGCCCGAUGAUUUGCUGUACUUGCCUGCCGGCACUGGUCAGAACGUGGAGUUUGCACAUACCUGA